AUGUCCGCCGUAUCCAGCGACGCGUCGCUUAUUCCAGCUGUUGCCCUGAUCCUAGCUGCCCUCUUGUCGACCAUUAUCCCAGGCUGGUGGUCCAAACGCGCCUUGUCCAAGAUCCCACUAUUGGGCGAGGAGCUUCCAGCAAAGGCCCGACGAGAUGCCUUGCUCAAGGAUUCCAGGUCGAUUUACUUGAAAUCUUACCUCAAGUACAAGCACUCCCUGGGGUUUCGCGUAUCCACGACUGAAGACUCUGGGGAGAAACUCGUUGUCUCGCCGAAAUAUCUCCCCGAACUGAUCAAACUCCCACCCAGCGUUCUCAGCUUUGAAGAAGCCCACAAGGAGUCCUUCGAACAAAAAUACACCAACUCCCCACCCCCAAGGUUCUUCGACCUCACGCCACACAUCAUAAAAGCUGACCUUGGUCCCGCACUGACACGCCUAAACCCGUCCAUGACCGCCAAAGCCGACGCCGCCGUUCUCGCAGAAAUCGGGGAAUGCGCAGCAGGAUGGACCCCAAUCAAGAUCUACCCCAGGAUGCUCCGCAUCAUCGCCAUCGUCUCGGGGAGCGUCUUCAUCGGCCCGCAGCUGUGCCAUGACGAGCGAUACCUCGAUGCUGCGGUGAAUUAUACGGCGGAACUCGGGCAGGCGGUGAUGGAGAUCAAGAGUGCGAAUUUUUGGCUCAAGAAGUUUCUUGCUGGACGGUUGGGAUCUGUCGCUGCGUUGCGGAGGCGCGAGGAGGAUUUCCUCAAAUUCAUCACACCGAUCGUGCAGCAGAGAAUCGACGCCAAGGCCGCCAAGGGCGCAGAGGACCUGCCAGAGGACAUGCUCACCUGGCUAGUGAACAAGGCCGCGCGCGACGGAAUCAAUGGAACGCGAGAAAUCGCCCUGAUCCAGCUGGGCCUGUUCUUCGUGGCGUCUCACACAACCGGAAUAACAUUAACAAAUAUCCUCUACGACCUCGCCGCCCACCCAGAGUGCAUUGCGCCCCUGCGCGCCGAGAUCCAGGCCGUCCAGGCCGAAUGCGAAAAUGGCAUUCUAACCCACACCGCCCUCCAGCGCCUCAAGCGCCUCGAUAGCUUCAUGAAGGAGUCCCUGCGCAUGCACCCGCUGACCUUUGCAACCUUUGAGCGCCGCGUCCUCCGCGGAUUUACCCUCUCUGACGGGACAUAUAUCCCGCAGGGAACGAUUCUCGAGGUCCCAAACCAUGCGAUCUCGCGCGAUCCUGAAGUAUUCGAGGACCCAGAGACUUUUAACCCGUGGCGAUUCGUCGCAGAGAACCAUGAUGGCGGGGCCGCGGCGGAAAAGGAUGGGCGGCAGCAGUUUGUGAGCGUGUCGCAGACGCUCGGGUCGUUUGGAUAUGGCCGCCAUGCUUGUCCCGGGAGGUUCUUUGCGGCAGUUGAGUUGAAGAUGAUUCUUGCGAGGGCGAUUGUGACGUAUGAUAUGCGGUUGAAGGAUAGAGGGGCCAGACCGAAGAAUUUGGAGUUUGGCUUGACGUCUGCGCCCGAUCCGGAGGGGGAGGUGCUGUUCAAACGGGUGGCCGGUGUCUAG